UAAAAAGCAUUGUGCAAAAGCCAAAAAAAAAAAAAAAAAAAAAUAAAACAGGCGCAGACCAGAGUUCUCAAUUUCACGACGCAUCGCUGACAGCAGCCGUAGCGGUCGGCGGAUUACGUUCAAGUUCAACGUGACGGCGAAGCGCCGCCUAUUGAGAGUUCAAUAGCAGGAGCGAUGGGAAAGGACAGCGAAGCGACGGCGAUGGUAGUCGACGGCUCGAAAACCAAUGAUUCCGAUCAGAUUAAUCCUAGAUAUUCGAUUAACGUUCUGCAGCUCCUCAAAUCAGCACAAAUGCAGCAUGGACUGCGACAUGGAGAUUACACUCGAUAUCGAAGGUAUUGCUCUGCUCGAUUGAGGAGGUUGUACAAAUCUCUGAAAUUCACUCAUGGACGUGGUAAAUACACUCGUAGAGCCAUCACCGAAGCAACUGUUACUGAAGUGAGGUUUCUGCAUGUGGUACUUUAUUGUGCCGAAAGAGCAUGGAGUCAUGCAAUGGAGAAACGACAGCUCCCAGAUGGCCCCAAUGCACGACAGAGAAUCUAUUUGAUUGGCAGGCUGAGAAAGGCAGUGAAAUGGGCUAAUCAGUUUUCCAGACUAUGUGCUGUCAAGGGAGAUUCCAGGACAUCUUUAGAGGCCGAGGCCUAUGCAUCCUAUAUGAAUGGGACUUUACUGUUUGAACAAGACCGGAAUUGGGACACUGCACUGAAGAAUUUCUUAAGUGCCAGAGCUGUUUAUGAAGAGCUGGGGAAAUACGGAGAUUUGGAGAAUCAAGUCCUGUGCCGUGAGCGUUUGGAGGAGCUGGAACCUAGCAUCCGGUACUGCCGCCAUAAAAUUGGGGAGUCGAAUCUGAAAACCUCCGAUCUCUUGCAAAUUGGCGAGGUGGAAGGCCCUGCCAUGGACCUCUUCAAGGCGAAGCUAGAGGCUGCUAUGGCUGAGGCAAGGUCUCAACAGGCAGCAUCCUUGACUGAAUUUCAAUGGCUUGGGCACAAAUAUCCCAUACCUAAUGCAAAAACUCGAGUUGCCAUUUUAAAAGCUCAAGAGCUUGAGAAAGAUUUGCAUGGUCAGGAUGCAAAUGCACUUCCAGCUGAAAAAAAGCUAGCAGUCUUCGACAAAAUUUUUACUGCAUACCAUGAGGCUAGGGGCUAUAUCCGGAGUGACUUGACUAGUGCAGGAAAUGCUGAGCCUGUGAAAGAUGACUUGAGUGGCCUUCAUGAUGCUGUCACAGCUGUAUUAGGACUGAGAACAACAGAGCGUGACCGUCUUUUGGUUACUAUUGCUAAGAGUAAGCUUGCCAAGCGCCGUGAUGACAAAAAUGAGAAAGUUACCAAGCCAGAAGAGCUUGUUCGCCUUUAUGAUCUGUUAUUAGAGAAUACACUUGCUCUUUCCGAGUUGGUGAGCUCACGGAAAGAGAGAACAGCUGAAGAAGUUGCAUUUGCUGAAGAAUGUGAACGCAGACGUUUAGCUUUCCGUGCUGAAAGAUGUUUCUUCUUGGCAAAGUCUUACAGCAUAGCUGGUAAAAGAGCAGAAGCGUAUGCUCUGUUCUCCCAUGCCCAAUCCCUUGCAGAGAAGGCCUUGAAGAAUUAUCAAGAUCUGAAUGAGAAAGAUGAGGUGAUGAUGAAGGAGCUGAAGGGUUUAUACAGUGAGUGCAGAUCCAGUAGUUGCAUAGAGCAUGCCCUAGGGAUUAUGGAGGAAGAGAAGGUUCCAGAAAAUCUCUCAGCUAGAGUCUCUGCUUUAUCAUUGAGCGGGACUACCAACUUGAAGUUCCUUGUUCAGAAGCUUGACGCCUAUGAGUCUGCUCUUGCUGAUCCAAAUGUGAAGCCAGCUCAGCAUCCACGCAUCGAAGCCUUCCCUCCACCUUUCCAAUCCAUUGCUAGAAAUCCAAUCAUUCGAGAUCUUGCGUAUGAAUACAUUGAUUUCCCAUCCCUAGAGACCAGGAUGAAAAAGAAAGGUCUCAUCAGUAGGUGGUGGGGAAAAUGAGCAAUGCCAACUUGCUAUUGUAACCGAAGGUAGGGAAAGAAUGAGCUUGCAAAGGAUUGUAGUGGACAUUCGAUCGGCAAUUCACAUUUGGCAGUGAGGAGUUUGUCAUCUCUACAUGUUGCGCUGUCGGGUUUUCUGUUACAAAAUUUUGGGAUGAAGGGAUUUGGAUAAGUUGGUAAACAAGGUCAAUUUGUUAACUUUUGUUUUUUUUCAUAACAAUGCUCUCCAUCUUUCCUCAUCGAAUCACAGGGACUCGUGAAUGCAACGUUUAAAAUCAACGUUUUCAAGGUUA